UUAAGGUCGUUGAGGCAGAGACGCAUUGCAUGUUUUGGAGCGGCUUCAGUAAGAGAUUCAACGAGAAGCAACUCAGAAGAAACAGUUUGUAGAUGCAACCAUUUGACUUACUUUGCAGUCUUAGUUGAUUUUGACAGUGGUGGCACAAAGCUCACCAAGAGGGAUGGAACUAUCCUGGAGACAAUCACUUAUGUAGGAUUAAGCCUUUCCAUCAUCGGAAUACUUUUGACAAUCAUCCUGUAUUCUUUCCUCACAGAUGCUCGUCAACCUCUUUCACAAAUACGUUUAAGUCUUUCUGUGUCCCUUGGAGCUGGACAAAUGAUCUUUCUCGCCGGGAUAAACGCCACAGAAAACGUGGCUGCCUGCAUCGCAGCAGCAGCUCUGAUGCAGUAUUUCCUGAUGGCUGCUUUCUGUUGGAUGCUGGUGGAGGGAAUUUAUCUCUACCUGUUUGUUGUAAAGGUUUACAAUAUUAACACCAAGAUGCACAUGUAUCACGUCAUGUCAUGGGGGCUUCCUAUCGUCAUGGUGGGCAUUUCACUGGGCAUCGCUGCUGGAAAAGAAGGACUCCAAAGCUACACCAGUGACAAAUAUUGCUGGUUGUCUUCGACUAAUAAGCUGAUCUGGAUUUUUGUGACAUUUGUGGCGUUUAUCGAAUCACUCAACAUUUUGAUACUUGUGCGUGUCAUAAGGGAGAUUACUACACUUGUAGAACCAUUAGGUGAAGACAACUACGGAAAGCAAAUAAGGUAUAUUUUGAAAUAUGACACAUGA